GUAUUAUUACAAGUAAAUAUUACUUUAGGGUACUUGCAAAAAGUUCUCGACACAUCUUCGACUUCAGACAAGUUUCUCAAGUACUUUCGAAUCUACAAGUCUUCACAUCUUUUUUAACAUCAGUCUACCUUCAAAUCUCAAUACCAACAUCAAGACAGUAAUGAUGUCAAACAAUUCGAGAUUCACUUUCCCAAGAACUCUUGGUGGUCAACACCAAAUCACAUCGCAAAAGUCGUCUAAUUCCAAGCAGACGCAGAAUAACGAGCGAUGUAUAUAUAUCGUUCAAGAAUACGCCUGCCCCGUUCACCCUUCCCUCAACAGCCCUCGCAUCCUACACCGCACCCCCUGUCUGCAAGCCGUGCUUCCCGUAGCCUUGCAAAUAGACUGCGAGAACUACGGUCAAAUAUCCCGGUACGACAAGAAUCGCGGAUGUAUGGAGUGUAAAACACUCACGGUGAAGCAUCCUGAGAUCCUGAAAAAGAUGCAGGAACUGGGAAUGGAACAAGAGAGCAUCGAUCAUUUCGAGAAAGUGACUAGCAGCUUUUCUGCUAGUAGGAGGGUUGUGGAGCUGGUCAGGUCGAGGGAGGAGAUGGAGAGUGUGAGAAGAAAGGAGGGAUACGACAAGGACGCUGCCGGAACGGAGCGCGAAACCGUACGGCCUCAACCUUCAACUGUAAAGGCUGAGAAUCUUGAACUGGAAGAAAUCCUCGAGGAGAAUAACACUCUUCCAUCUUCCGCCGAGUCUACCGAGCUCGAGACUCCCACUCCCACCUCUGCUACUGUAUCCGCAGAGCAAAUCCCAAGCGACCAAGUUGCGACGCUAAAAUCUUCCAGUCUCUUAGAACGAGAGACCCUCAACCGACUCAACCAACCACAAGCUGCAGAAAUCCAGCUUCCCGAAACCCCACCACCCUUUUCCCCCUCCCGCACCCCCUCGCUCCUCUCCCCAGAAAGACUGACAGAUAACGUCCACAUCCAACUGGACGAAGACUGGGACUGGGACGACGAAGAACCCGAGCGCGUUUUCGGAGAGGUAGCACUUGCGCCAUCCUUCACUUGCCAGACGGGUGAUGAGUGGAUUGUAGUUGGGAGUUGGAAACAGUGAUGCUGGCCACGGAGGGGCUUGGGAAGAGUGAGUCAGGGUAUCUUUGCUUGAGUGGUGCGAUAUGGAGUUCGGAUAGAAAAACUAGGAUUUAUUUAUUCAAUUUGGACAGAAUCCACGUCCGUUUUUUACAUUUUAGUAAUACUAAUAUUAAUAUAAACAUUAAUAUCAAUCAUCUAUCCAUGCA